AUGGACCCUCUCUCAAUCAUCGCCAGCGUGGCUGGAAUUUCCCAGGCUGGAGCCUUGCUCUCCAAAUCGAUCUAUGACCUUAUCAGCGCCACUCGCGGCGCGCCUAAAGAGAUCACCGACAUUGCGCGGGGUAUUUCCGAGCUUUCAGUCAUUUUGAGCGAGUUACGGCGCGUGCUUCGGGAUGGGAAGUCACUCUUCCGUCGACGGUUGCUCAGAAACAUACGCUCGACGAUAAAGAGAAUCGGAAAGAUUCAUCAUGCCGUUGGAAAGCUGAUAGACGUCGGCAACGGAGCAGGCCGUCUGAAAUGGGCAUUUCGACGAUCGACCACUACGCAGCUACUGUACCAGAUUGAGGCACACAAGAGUGGAAUCAAUAUGGUUUUGCACACAAUGGUGCUCGCUAUCCAAAUUAGAAUGAUAUCUAGCUAUUCUGAAGGAGAUAAUACAGGUGUUCCCCGGGCAGAACUUAAACUCGAACGAGAUCUCAGCCGCCGACAGACAGAAAACCAAGUCGAAUCAUCCUUCCACGCUCUCCGACAGCUUACUGCCUCCAGUUCUCCUUCUCCGGAGGAUGCAGACAUAGAAGAUCAAGAACCAACUCCGGACGAAAUAAAGGAUGCAAAACAAAAUCAACUAGUGCUGUGGGAUGGUGGGCCUGAUGAUACCGCUGCUUGGCUUUAUCGGACGGUGUUUUCUUCGUUUACAGAAUCGUUAGAGGCAGACAAUGAGCUCGAUUCUGAAUCCCUAGGUGAAUCCAAAGGGGAAGAAACGGGGUCGCCGCCAUCUGUAGUGAGCAGACAACUUAUCGGUAUUGGUACGGCGUUCAAAAACUCAAAUGGAUCGAAGCACGUUGUAAAUGAACUGCUCGCGGAAUGGACAGUCUUAACGAACGAGGAGAUCGAUGGCAUCGAACCCGACUCCAAGCCCCAGAAGGCUGAGGUCUUGGCCAACAAGGGUUCGGCGAAUAUGGAGGAGCUAAUACACUUGAAUGAUGCAGUAGGAAGGAAGUUCAUAUUGCCGUUUCAAAAAGCCAAAACUUGGGAGGGCCUUACAUCUUACUUGAAUGAGGCAUUCAAGCAUGUGGAUAUUGUUGGACCCCAUGUUAUGGAGGGACAUUUCGAUAUCGUUUCGAAAGAUUUGGGAGAUGUUAUCUUGCUUCCCAGUAUUUGGGGCGAUCUAGUCAAACCUGGGUACGUGGUUGACAUGCGUGUCUGGCCUAUAGAAAAGCCCAGACAGAUACCGGUGGCACAUCGAAGACCCUUCCCACCACCUGGGAUGCCUGCUGGUGCCCUGCCAAAAUCACCUGCUCCAGAGCCUCCCAGUCCGGCCAAGUCGCCCGAGCCUCAGCCAGAGACAGCCAAGACUAGAAACAAGAAGAAGCCCAUUGGCAAGGACGGCUGA